GAAGCGCCACAGCGCUGCUGGCCCCGGGUGGAGCCCGGCGCCCCUCCAGCCCUGCGCCCAGAGACGCCGCCGGGCUCCGGGCACCGGCACGGGCGCGCCGCGAGCCGGGGAUGUGAGCUGCGCCCGCGGGAUGGCAGCCUCAGGGGUGCUGGGAAGAUGUGACAUCCUUAUCGUCUACAGCCCAGAUGCCAAGGAAUGGUGCCAGUACCUCCAGGAACUUUUCCUGUCCAGUCGGCAGGUCCACAGCCAGAAGAUGUUAACUCACAGGCUGGGCCCUGACACCUGCUUUUCAGCCCAGGACCUGAGCCUGUUCCUCAGCGCCCGUUGCGUCAUGGUGCUGCUGUCUGCGGAGUUGGUGCAGCACUUCUACCAGCCGGCCUUGCUGCCCCUGCUGCAGAGAGCCUUCCACCCUCCGCACCGCGUGGUGAGGCUGCUCUGUGGGGUGCAGGACAGCGAGGUGUUCCUGGACUUCUUUCCAGACUGGGCCCACUGGCAGGAGCUUACCUGUGAUGAUGAGCCCGAGACUUAUGUGGCAGCUGUGAAGAAGGCCAUUUCUGAAGAUUCUGGCUGUGACUCAGUCACUGACACUGAGCCUGAGGACGAGAAGGUUGUUCCCUACUCAAAGCAGCAGAGCCUGCCGCCGGGGACUUCACCUGGGAACCUGAUGGUGGUGCAGCCGGACCGCAUUCGCUGUGGGGCAGAAACCACUGUCUACGUUAUAGUGAGAUGUAAGCUGGAUGAGAGGGUGACCACAGAAGCAGAAUUUUCUCCUAAAGAUUCUCCCUCCUUAAGGAUAGAAGCCAAGCUGGAGAAUGAAUACACCGUUUCCGUGAAGGCCCCCCACCUUUCAUCAGGGAAUGUUUCCCUGAAGAUAUAUUCUGGGGACUUGGUGGUUUGUGAAACCUUCAUCAGCUAUUAUACUGACAUGGAAGAAAUUGGGAACUUACUGUCCAGUGCUGCGAAUCCUGUGGAAUUCAUGUGUCAGGCCUUUAAAAUUGUGCCCUACAACACAGAGACCCUUGACAAACUGCUCACCGAGUCCCUGAAGAACAACAUCCCUGCCAGUGGGCUGCAUCUCUUUGGAAUCAACCAGCUGGAAGAAGAAGAUAUAACGACAAAUCAGAGGGAUGAGGAGCUGCCCACCCUGUUGCAUUUCGCUGCGAAGUACGGACUAAAGAACCUCACUGCCUUGUUACUCACCUGCCCGGGAGCUCUCCAGGCGUACAGUGUGGCCAACAAGCACGGCCACUACCCCAACACCAUCGCCGAGAAGCAUGGCUUCAGGGACCUACGGCAGUUCAUCGACGAGUAUGUGGAAACUGUGGACAUGCUCAAGAGUCACAUUAAAGAGGAACUGAUGCAAGGGGAGGAGUCUGAUGCCGUGUACGAAUCCAUGGCCCACCUUUCCACAGACCUGCUCAUGAAGUGCUCCCUCAACCCUGGCUGUGAUGAGGACCUGUAUGAGUCCAUGGCUGCCUUUGCCCCAGCUGCCACUGAAGACCUCUACGUUGAGAUGCUUCAGGCCAGUACAUCUAGUCCCAUCCCUGGUGGUAGUUUCUGUCGGACCACUAAGGACUCUAUGAUCCGCAAAUUUUUAGAAGGCAACAAUGGGGCCAAUUUGGAGAGACAGCUGCACCAUCCUGGGCAGGAAGAAGAUGUUUAUCACAUGGUAGAUGAUGGUGAGGCCUUUUCCAUGGACCUAGCCAGCAGGCCCCCUGUCCCAGUGCCCAGGCCAGAGGCUGGUGCUUCUGGGGCUCACCAGCUGCCAGAUAAUGAACCAUACAUUUCUAAAGUUUUUGCAGAAAAAAGUCAAGAGCGGCCUGGGAAUUUCUAUGUUUCCUCAGAGAGCAUCAGGAAAGAGCCACCUGUCAGACCGUGCAGGGACAGGCCCCAGUCCAGUAUAUAUGACCCCUUUGCUGGGAUGAAAACACCAGGCCAGCGGCAGCUUAUUACCCUCCAGGAGCAGGUGAAGCUGGGCAUUGUGAACGUGGACGAGGCUGUGCUCCACUUCAAAGAGUGGCAGCUCAACCAGAAGAAACGCUCUGAGUCCUUCCGCUUCCAGCAGGAAAAUCUUAAACGGCUCAGAGAUAGCAUCACCCGAAGACAGAAAGAGAAGCAAAAGUCAGGAAAGCAGACAGACUUGGAGAUCACAGUCCCAAUCCGGCACUCACAGCACCUACCUGGGAAAGUGGAAUUUGGAGUCUAUGAGAGCGGCCCCAGGAAAAGUGUCUUUCCCCUCAGGACGGAGCUAAGAAGGGGAGAAUGGAAAACAGACAGUACCUCCAGCACAGCAAGCAGCACAAGUAACCGAUCCAGCACGAGGAGCCUCCUCAGCGUGAGCAGCGGGAUGGAGGGAGACAACGAGGAUAAUGAAGUUCCUGAGGUUACUAGAAGUCGUAGUCCAGGCCCCAUACAAGUGGAUGGGAUACCCCCUGCGCCUCUGGAGAGGCCCCCCCGGGUGCCUCCCCGAGCUGCCUCACACAGGCCUCCAACUAGGGAGAUCUUCCAUCCUCCUCCACCUGUCCCACCUAGAGGUCGCUGAUUCCACCUCCUCAAAGUGCCUACUCCAGAACUUUAAGACUCACAGUUUUCAGCCUGUCAAUGAGUGUUAUGGCAUGACUCCUGACCUUAGGAUCCAUUCUCAUUAUUGAUAUUGUUGCAGCCCUGCUGGUUUGGGCUUUCCUUAAAGAAGACUUUAUUAAGGAAUGGAGAAGUGAAAAAUUAAGGGCUUUAUUCACCACCCCCAAGUAUACUGGUCCAUAUACUCGUUUAAUGGAUGAAGACUUAAUCGGAGUACUUACCUCUAAUUUGCCAAGUCGGAAGCCUCAAAUGAUUGGUCAUAAAUGUACUUUACAAGUGAUUUUUCUGAAGUGAACUUAUAUUAGUCCAACCUAAUUUUUAGAAGUGGUUAAAAGAUUCCUAGUAUUCAACUAAGAAGAUAAGUAACCUAAUUCUUUGUUUUUUGGGUUUUUUUUUGAGACAGAGUCUCAUUUUGUCACACUUGGUAGAGUGCCAUGGUGUCAUAGCUCACUGCAAUCUCAAACUCUUGGGCUCAAGUGAUUCUCUUGCCUCAGCCUCCUAAGUAUCUGGGACUACAGGUGCCCACCACAAUGCCCAGCUAUUUUGAGAGGUGGGGGUCUCACUCGUGCUCCAGCUGGUCUUGAACCCAUGAGCUCAGGCAAUCCACCUGCCUUGGCCUCCCAGAGUGCUAGGAUUACAGGCGUGAGCCACUAUGGCUAGCCUAGUGACUUAAUUCUAAAUAAUUCUUCUACUUUUAUGUAUAUUCAGGAGGGUGUUUAAGUGCUAGGGCUAGUUAUAAGCAACAAGCUGACAAAGACUUUAGAGAGGGAUUAGUACUAAUUCUUAUAUAGCAGGCAAAUCUGAGGUUUGACAGAAAUCUGGAACCAAGAGGGUGCAGUUGAUUAGAUGAAGAGGUAGGUCUAGAUCCGGGCCACCUGAUUCUAGGUCAUCAUACUUUUCAUUUUCAAACAGCCAGUCCCUCUCUCCCUCAAGAAAUGCUCAGACGUAUAAAUUCAUCAGUGACUGACUAUUGGUCCUCCAGAAAUUUCCUUUUUCCCUAUCUGCUAGGCAGGAGACUACCAAGUAUUUUUUUUUCAGUUUGGGCAUUUAUAUUUCAGUGUGGUUUCAAAACAGUUAUGUUGCCAGAGAACAUCUAAAAAUGCCUGGGACCCAAAAGCUUGAGGUGCCACAGACCCCAUUUAUUGCUCUAUAUCAUUUAUAGGUCUUUGUUCUGGUCAUAAAGAGAGAAGGGAGGAUUCUUAAGUUUUUCUUUGCUGAAAGAGCUGAAGAGGAAGAAAGAACUUUUAUUUUAUUAAAAUAAAAAUACAGUCUGCCCUCCACAUCCGUGGGUUCCAUAUCUGUGGCUUCCACCAAUCUCAGAUUGAAAAUAUUUUGGAAAAAAAAUUACACAAAGUUUCAAAAAGCAAAACUCGAAUUUGCUGCACACCAAGUAUUAUGUUAAAUGCAUGUAAAUGAAGUGAUAUGUAGGCAUUGCGUUAGGUAUUAUAGAGAAUCUACAGAUAAUUUAAUGUAUAUAGGAGAAUGUGCAUGGGUUAUAUGCAAAAACUAUGCCAUUUUAUGUAAGGGAUGUGAGCAUCUCUGGAUUUUGGAAUUUAGGGCCCUGGAACCAAUCCUCACAGAUACCAAGGUAGAACUGUAGUUAUCUCUUCCCUUUCAUACUUAUUAUUCCCACCAGGCUUGGUAAAUCCAUUUGUGCAGAGGAUGUAGAGGCUUAAAUAUGUCAUGAAUUUUGAGUCUCUGGCACAUAAAUCUACCUUCAAAGCAUGGGUCCUUACUGAUGCCUAAACCUAUAGUAAAAUUAGUAUCAGAACUAUUUCUUUAAAAAGUAUCAGAAAUCGGGUGGCGCCUGUGGCUCAGUGAGUAGGGCGCCGGCCCUAUAUGCCAAGGGUGGGGGUUCGGACCCAGCCCCGGCCAAACUGCAACAGAAAAAUAGCCGGGCGUUGUGGCGGGUGCCUGUAGUCCCAGCUGCUCGGGAGGCUGAGGCAGGAGAAUUGCGUAAGCCCAAGAGUUAGAGGUUGCUGUGAGCUGUGUGAGGCCACGGCACUCUACCGAGGGCGGUACAGUGAGACUCUGUCUCUACAAAAAAAAAUAAAAAAACAGUAUCAGAAAUCUUUUGUUUCUUGUGGAAUUGUCCUCUAUCCCACACAGAAACAUGUAUAUAAAACCCACAUUUCUAAUGAUGCAUGUUAAGUUUUAUAGGGUCCUUUUUGAACAGUUAAAGGUUCUUUCUCAAUCUCAAUCCUUAGUUCAGCAAACAAAAACUGGUAUUGACGUUAACAGUGUCUGGAAUCUUGGGACGAUUUUUGGUUCAUUUGGUUUUUGACAGAAAAUACACUAUUUGCCUUGUGUGUUGUGAGAGUAUUUGUACAAAUUACCUUGUACAGGGCCUAGCACAUAGUAACUAUUCUGCAAGUGUUUCUUCAGGCAUCCAUUUACUCUCCGUGCCCCUUAUUUGGGAGAAAUAGGGGAAUGUGAGAUAAGGAGAACAAGAAAUUGCAAUGUGGUAUGAUUGUCCUUUCUGUUAUUUAUAGGUAAUCUCUAGUCCCUACCUUAAGCAAACUUGAUUUUGAUAAAAGCAACAAUUUUUUUUAACAUUCAGUAUUUCUAAGCUCUCUUUUGAUGCCAAAUUUAGAAUUUUGUACAUUCUCUGGUGAAUAAUCAUUUAGAUCAAUAAUAUAGCAAUACCAGGUAAUGGUGUUAGCCAUCUUUGUAUAUACAUCACUGUUUGUGUAAUAUUUUACUAUUUUAUUGCAUUGUAUUCUUAUAUGAAAAUAAGUAGAAAACAUAAAGUUGAAAGUGCUGUAGAGAAGCCUGGGUCUCAUGAAUGUGACACUCUUGAAACAUGGGUGGGACGAUGACCAGUGCCAAGUCCAAAGAGGCAGGUCUUUAACCCUCACUGGUGGUUCAUUGAACAUCCAGCCUGGUUGGUUAUACUAUACUAUGUAUGUGAAAAUAGAAAAGGUAAGAAUUUGAGUAAAACCCUGGGGCUGCGUUGUCGAAGAAGGCCUCUAAUGGUAAGGUGAAAUUUUUCAUUCUCUAGAAACAGAACUACUCAUUUAUAACACAAAUUUAUUCAAUUUCCACAUAUUCAGUGCGUUUGUACACGUUUUCAGGAAAAAAUUAUGUUAUCAAACCAUGGAUUUUCAAUACAGUGAGGAUUGGAACAUAAACUAUAAGCUAGUGUCCAAAGAAACUAUUAAAAGGUUUCCUACCUGGUGCUUGGGAAACAGCUCUACUGCUCCAUAGAAAGUGAGGCUCUUGUUAAUUUCAUUGCCCUUGCCUUUGUCCCUGAGGUAAAUUGGCUUCUAAUUCCUAGGUCAGCACUCUUCCUUCAUCUUAUAUUAAAACCUGAGAGCAGAUAUUCUAACUAUAUGUAACAGAGUAUGAAGACUAAGAGACCAUGAACGAAAGGUUGUUGUUGACAUCAAAGAAUUUAACUUGACAUAUUUAAUGAUGUGAGUAAUCCCUAAUGUUUUGCCAUAAUUGUGCAAAGUGGCAGUAUGUAGGUAACUUCUAUGAAUGUUUUUACAAGUCAAGCAAAGUUACAUUCUCUCCUUUUUUGUUUUGUUAUUAAAAGAGAGAGGUCCUAGGCACUCCUAUAUCAUCUCAAUAACUGGAAUUUUUAGAUCCUUUCCCCAUAUGCCCAGGAAUUAAGUUGGUUUUCUAUGCUCUUCCUUCAAAGAAUAGUGUGUGGUUUUGCAGCUGGUUGGUGGAGGAAGCAUUAAUAACAGAUUUAUUUCUGAAAAAGGCAAGUGGCUAAUUUAGAUAAUACUAAGAGAUUCAUUCUAAAUAUCAAUCCUCAAUUUUUAGGAAUCUACCUAUAUAAAUAUUUGCUUUGAUUUGAUAAAUAAAUUAUGUUGUGUUCAUUUCCAAAAACAAAAUUAUAGUUAUGAAGAUCAUAAAAUGAUCUUUUUUUUUUUUUUAUUGUUGGGGAUUCAUUGAGGGUAUAAUAAGCCAGUUACACUGAUUACAAUUAUUAGGUAAAGUCCCUCUUGCAAUCGUGUCUUGCCCCCAUAAAGUGUGACACACACUAAGGCCCCACCCCCCUCCCUCCAUCCCUCUUUCUGCUUCCCCCCCCAUAACCUUAAUUGUCAUUAAUUGUCCUCAUAUCAAGAUUGAGUACAUAGGAUUCAUGCUUCUCCAUUCUUGUGAUGCUUUACUAAGAAUAAUGUCUUCCACUUCCAUCCAGGUUAAUACGAAGGAUGUAAAGUCUCCAUUUUUUUUUAAUGGCUGCAUAGUAUUCCAUGGUAUACAUAUACCACAGCUUGUUAAUCCAUUCCUGGGUUGGUGGGCAUUUAGGCUCUUUCCACAUUUUGGCGAUUGUAAAUUGAGCUGCAAUAAACAGUCUAGUACAAGUGUCCUUAUGAUAAAAGGAUUUUUUUCCUUCUGGGUAGAUGCCCAGUAAUGGGAUUGCAGGAUCGAAUGGGAGGUCUAGGUUGAGUGCUUUGAGGUUUCUCCAUACUUCCUUCCAGAAGGGUUGUACUAGUUUGCAGUCCCACCAGCAGUGUAAAAGUGUUCCCUCCUCUCCACAUCCACGCCAGCAUCUGCAGUUUUGAGAUUUUGUGAUGUGGGCCAUUCUCACUCAUAAAAUGAUCUUUAUCAUUCAUCCCCUGCUGUCACGAUUCUAUGUUCACCAGGGUGGUGAGAGGAUAAGUAUGUAGUUGUAAGAUGUAUUCUGAAUUUGAAGGCACAACUUGCAAUUCAUUUUGUCAUAGAAACAAAAUAAAUUCCUAGGCUAGCCUGCCAAAGCCCAUUUAACCCAUGAUAUAGGAGACAGUGGCUUAGCUAUCUACACAGCAGUGUAGGGAACACAUAGUGUAGGGAAGAGAACAUUCACUGGUUUGGAAGUCAGGGAACCUAGUUUUUAUUUUUGGUGUGCUACUAUCUUGUUAAGUUCAUAUAACUUGACUACACCGGUCUGUGUUUCAUUAUCCAUGAAGUGGAGAGUCCUGUGUUUGGUAACACUCCAGGUCCUUUGAACUCUGUAAGUCUUAGGCAAAGAGUGUGGAAUCCUUUGUUCUGAAGAAGCAGGGAGACGGUCUUACUGGAGUCACUACCUAAUUGGCAGGGGUAUUUUUAUUAUGUGGCAGCUGCUGUUCCUUGUAGUCUUAUUGUUAUGACACAUCAGAUAAAAAACAAAGUGAGAGAAUGAAAUAGGACCUACACAAAUUAAUGGCCUUAGUUGUUUCUCCAUCCAAGAACCAAAUGUUUUAAGUGAUGGCUUCCUAAACAAAGAACUCGGAGUAAUCAUUAAGUUCUUCCAUGUAUAGAACAUUUUAGGUAGGACAGGAAAGGUGGGGGUGGAAAGUGUCAGAUAGCAAUAAAAGGACUGUCCUCUCACUCCUCUGCAGUAAAUAACUGGCAAGACCAACAAAACAAAGUAGGAAGAAGAAACAGAAUUAAAAAAAAAAAAAAAGGUAGCUGGUGAUAGAAAUCAGAUGUUGUAAAUCCAUACCCCAAGAGGUAAAAGGGAUGAUCAUGUUUAUCCAAAUGCAAAUAAAAGAUUGAAGUUGUGAUUUUUCUGGUUUA